AUGGUGUGCACCCGCAGCGCUGUCGUGUGUGCCAGCGUCGCUCUCGUGGCCGCCGCAAGCGCAUUCGAUGCAGACGCGCACCACCGGCACCUGCAGGUUGUCACCUUUCGGCAGGACAUGCUCGACGCGGUCAAUGCGAUGCGGGAGAGCCGGAAGCUGCCCAAGUAUUGCCAAAACGACCAACUCAUGUUCGCGGCUCAGGUCCAAGCGAACGAUAUGGCGGAACACAACUUUACCGGUAGCACGGGCUCGGACAAAUCGUUGCCCACGGAACGGGCUGCACGCCAAGGCUUCAUUGCGCCCUUGGUGACGGAGACCGUGGGUGCUGGAUUCUCGUCCGCGUCGAGUAUCGUCGCUGCGUGGGCCAAGACCGAGACCGUCGAGAGCACGAUGCUCAACGGCACCUACAACGUCAUGGGUGCUGGCUACGCCUAUGACAGGACCAAGAGGCGGGUGCACUUCUGGGCGGUCACCUACUCGGAAGGCACGUGCGAAGACGACGAGAAGGCUGCGGCCCCAACCACGCAGACCGGCGGCGCCAGCGGUGGACCGCCUGCUGACGAGGGUGACAAGAAGAAGGAAGGCGAGGCGUCGGACGGCCCCCCUGAUCCCGAAGACUCUGGCACCCCAGCUCCCAAACCACCUGCCCCCGCCCCUGCUUCUAAAACCCCUGAUGCCGCCCCUGCUCCCAAAACCCCUGAUGCCACCCCUGCUCCCGAAGACCCUCACUCCCGCCAAGCCCGUGGCGCCGCUCCUGCUCCCAAAACCCCUGACGCCGCUGGUGGCGUCCAUGCCGAUCCGAAUGCAGGCCCUGGUGGCGCCCCGAAUGCAGCGCCUCGUCCCGGUCCUGGUACGCCCAUUACGUUUGACAUUUAA